GAGCGCAGGUGGCGGCGGCGGCGGCGGUCGGGAUCCCGCUCUCGCUCCCGGCCGGGCCCCGCUCCCGGCGCGGAGGCGGCAGGUGCCCGGGACAUGCGGCGGCGGUAGGACGCGCGGCGGCGAUGGGCGGCCGGGGGCUGCCGGUGCCGCUGCUGCUGGGGCUGCCGCUGCUGCUGGGGCUGCCGGCGGCGGGGCGCGCCGCCUCCAAGGCGCCGGUGUGCCAGGAGAUCACGGUGCCGAUGUGCAAGGGCAUCGGCUACAACCUCACCUACAUGCCCAACCAGUUCAACCACGACACGCAGGACGAGGCUGGGCUGGAGGUGCACCAGUUCUGGCCGCUGGUGGAGAUCCAGUGCUCCCCGGACCUGCGCUUCUUCCUCUGCAGCAUGUACACCCCCAUCUGCCUGUCCGACUACUCGAAGCCGCUGCCCCCCUGCCGCUCCGUCUGCGAGCGGGCCAAGGCCGGCUGCUCGCCCAUCAUGCAGCAGUACGGCUUUGCCUGGCCCGAGAGGAUGAGCUGUGACAGCCUGCCGGUGCUGGGGGACUCCGAGGUGCUUUGCAUGGGAUACAACCACACGGAAGCCACCACCCUGCCGCCUUUCUUCGGGAAGCCCACGCGCCCUGCCAAGGACUUGGCCAAAAACCUGACUCCACUCGAUGGGCAGCGCCUCUCAGGGCUGGACUGUGGUCAGACCUGCAAGUGCAAGGCGCCCUUGAUCCCCAUCUCCAAGGAGUCCCAUCCGCUGUACAACCGCAUCAGGACUGGGAAGGUACUCAACUGUGCCAUCCCCUGCUACCAGCCCUACUUUACCCAGGAUGAGAAGACCUUCGCUACCUUCUGGAUCGGCCUCUGGUCCAUCCUCUGCUUCCUCUCCACCUCAACCACCGUGGCCACCUUCCUCAUUGACAUGGAGCGCUUCAAGUACCCCGAGCGCCCCAUCAUCUUCCUCUCUGCCUGCUACCUCUUCGUCUCCUUGGGCUACAUCGUGCGGCUGGUGGCAGGGCACGCCAAUGUGGCUUGCAACCCGGAGCACCACCACAUCCAUUACGAGACCACAGGCCCUGCUCUCUGCACCGUGGUUUUCCUUCUCCUCUACUUCUUCGGCAUGGCCAGCUCUAUCUGGUGGGUCAUCCUGUCCCUCACCUGGUUCCUGGCAGCUGGCAUGAAGUGGGGCAAUGAGGCCAUUGCCAGCUAUUCGCAGUACUUCCACCUGGCUGCCUGGCUCAUCCCCAGUGCCAAAUCCAUUGCUGUACUGGCACUGAGCUCUGUGGACGGUGACCCAGUGGCUGGGGUUUGCUAUGUGGGCAACCAGAGCCUGGAGAAUCUGCGGGGCUUUGUGCUGGCACCACUGGUGGUUUAUCUCUUCACCGGCAGCCUCUUCCUGCUGGCUGGCUUCAUCUCGCUCUUUCGCAUCCGCAGCGUGAUCAAGCAGGGCGGCACCAAAACUGACAAGCUGGAGAAGCUGAUGAUCCGCAUCGGCAUCUUCACCGUGCUUUACACCGUGCCUGCCACCAUCGUCAUCGCCUGCUACAUCUACGAGCAGCACAACCGGGAGGCCUGGGAGCAGGCACAGAACUGCUCCUGCCCAGGGGACACUCACCGCCCCAAGCCUGACUAUGCUGUCUUCAUGCUCAAGUACUUCAUGUGCCUUGUGGUGGGGAUCACCUCUGGCGUUUGGAUCUGGUCUGGCAAGACACUCGAGUCCUGGAGGCGCUUCAGCACCCGCUGCUGCCGGGCCAGGAAGCCCGCGGGCGCCUCUGUGUACGGGCUGCAAGGAUCUGAGGUUGUUCUUAACACCUUUGGACCACUUCAGUUAAAAAGGUUUCCACCUCAUUUUAAAACCAAAACCUGGGAAGUGAGGGAACUCUCAAUCUCAUCGCCGGAUAAAGGUACUGCAUGGGUGUCUCUGGGGAGUCCUGGAUAGAGGGGACAGAGGUGCAAGGAUGGAGGGCUCACCAGGGACUGUUCAGCUGCACCCAUCUGCACUCUUGCAAUAGGGCUCACCCCCUCCAGCAUGUUGGAGUGCUUUAUUGUGGACAGAAUUGCACCAUAUUGUGUUACACACUGUAAAUAGUUGUAUUAUACCUAAUUUGUACAUAAAGAAGCCGUAGUGACCUUUGAUACAGGUUAGGGACAGGUGUGUUCUCAGCAGUGAGGCAGGUCGGGCGCAGAGACACCGUGGGUAGUCUCGUGCUGUAAUCCAGGGCAUUAAAUUAUUCCAACCUCCUCCAGUCCACACCUUGCUGGACUCCUCUCUCUCUCUAGUGCCUUUUGUAGAUACAGCUAAACACACAUCAUGCAAUACAAUGAACAAAACCAUGUCACAGGUGGUAUUUUGCUGUUUUUGUUUUUUCCAAAGUGCAACUGACUGUGUAAAGAAAUCCAAGAUUAGCUACAAACCGUUGCCUAUUGAAAAAUGUAAGAGCAUUUUCAGCUUUGAUGUAAUGGUAGGGUAAUACAAUCAACUCGUGUUUGAGCCUGGCUUCUCAGCAACAAGUGGCAGGAGGGGGGAAGGAGCCGUUGCCGUGUGCCCUGUCUGCUGUAGCCAAUUUACGUGUUGGGUUUUGCCUCUUCCGUUACCGAUGCUGUUCAAUGUUGCUUAAAUAACUGUACUAUAUUAUGUGAAAAGCUGAAGAAAUUUUAUUCAAAGAGAAGUAUCAAGAUUAGUUAUUUAUGAGGAUAAAAAAUAAUGUGUGUUGUUUUCUUUA